AGUACUAGCCAUGGCCCAAGGGAGACCGAAAACAGCUUUAUGAUCUUCAAUGUGUAUUACCAGCAAUUCACAACACACACGACUUUAUGAAUCAUAAAAUGUGCCAUUUGACUCAAAUAAAAAUUUACUGUGACCUGUGUUUGGCAAACACGAAAGUAACACCAAAUAUUUGAUAAAAAGCACACCUUUCUGCAAUUUCAAAUCAAAUAAUUGCUGGUUGUGGUGCCAGCUUAACAUGUGAUGAAUUGUGCCGAAAUUCUUCCAACAUAUAUUCCAAAAUAUACUCCCACAUUCACAACGACGUGCUGGGUUGUACAGUCACAGGAGCGAUGCAGGAGUAUACCGAAUACCUCAUUGUUUGUUCUGUCGCAUGUGACUGGGCUGGGACCGAUCCUCAUUUUCAUAUCAGAGAAUUGCGCCCAAUAAUGACACCUUCAUAAAGCAAAUAUCGCAAAAUGGGUAAACAAAAUUAUCUACCUUUAGAGGCUUUAGAUAAGAGUCUUGCAGCCGUCAGUCUUUUAAAUAAUUUAGUUUAAGUUUCAUAGGUAGGUACUUGUCCAGUAGUUGUUUCAAGGAAAUGAUCAAGUUACAAUACCUGCCAGUUACCACAUGCAUUUGGUUUCUUUCCACAUUUAUCAUUACAUAUAUAAUAGCCGUGAAGACAAGGAGUGUGUAUUAUUUUUUUCCGUACAUUAGCGAAGCUGGAGCACUGCCACCUGCAAGUUGCGUGUUUUCGCAAUUGGAGAAUUUAGGAGCACUACUACUGCAAUGUUUAAUGUAUGUUAGGUAUCGCCAAGUUGAGCAUGACAUAAAAACCCAAAACAUAAAGUUACAUUCAAAAUGGAACAGCGUAGCAUUUAAAAUUAGUAUUUCAGUAUGUCUUGGUAUAAGCAUAACUGCAAAUUUCCAAGAAAAUAACAUUCUAAUUGUCCAUUUAAUUGGUGCCUUAAUGGCUUUCGGUAUUGGAAGCGUUUACUUAGCACUACAGACCAGAAUAUCGUACGCGUAUGUUUCUGCUUGUCAAAGAAGUAUUCCAAAAUGGAUGUUCUACUUAAGAGUUCUAUUAGCAGUUCCUAUGUUACCGAUACUUAUACUGAUAGUUGUAUGCGAAGUUUUGGGAGGGGCAAAAUUUACUGGUGAAUCCAAAAUGUGGUGGACCGAAGAAAAUGAAGGUCAUAACUUUCGAUUAGCAAGUACAUUUUCGGAAUGGAUUUUGGCAUUAAUUAUAUUUACUUAUAUAUCUACAUUUUCAAACGAAAUGAAAGGGAUUGAGUUUGAAGGUGUGCAGUUAAAAGUUAAUGACAACCAAACGUGUGAACGAGUGAAUGAUUCUUCGACAGUACCGCUUAACAGUGAUUCUAUGACAUCGUGCACCUAAUCCCUAAUUAAUGAAAUUAGUUUGUAAUUUGAUCGUUAAAUAAACUUGUUUUAAAA